ACUACAAUAAUUUUGAAGGCCUAUCAUAUGGAAACUCAACAGCAAUGAGGAACUGCUCUUUAUCACUUGACCAAAGAAAAAAAGCAAUAAGGAAUCAGCUUGCAUGAUCAAUUCAUGUCCCUUGCAAGUUAGAGAAACAGACAUUAUCUGAAUCACGUCCACAUCAGUAUGAUUAUUAAUUUUUUUCGGAUAAUCACAGAAGAAAAAGGACAAUCUUGCCUUUGAUUCACUGCUUUGGGAAAGGACUAUGUCCUGAUGGAAUUGAUUUGCUGGUUAGAAUUGGUAUUUUCAUUCUAUUGGUUGGCAAAACCAAUGUCCUUUGUGGAAUUAGCAUAUUCAGUUUAUUAAGCUAACUCUGUUAUUUGCUGAUCUAUAAGGUGUUCUUUUGGGCGGGUCCUUCAUUGUCAAACAAAUGGUACCAAUGCCAUUGCUUAAUCAAGUUGUUCGUUCUUGCGCCAUUGUUUCAUAUGCGAAUAAGCCUGAGCCUGUGCAGAGUUCAGAGCUGGAAUGCUUUAGCCCAGCUUAUUGAUUUUCUGAGCACAUUAGAUGGUCUAGUUACAUUUUUGCCAAGGAGUUAGUCUUUGUUCAUUUGUAUUUCUGUUGUUAUGCAGACGAAAUUGGAAAUUUCAAAGCUUCAGGUGGUCCAAACUUCUACUCUGUUCUGUUAAUCUUCCAGGCUUUUUCUUGCACAUUCUCUUCAACUUAAAUUUGUUGUUCUUUUAGAGUGUGGAUGCCCCUACCAUGUACUUCAUCUCCGAAAUAAAUGAUAUUGAUAUGGACAGAUAUGCAAACUCUUUUAAUUUGCGAAUGACAAUUGUGUUUGGUCAUCCAGCGGAAGGCUAGCAUCUUGUGACGGAACUAUUCAUGCUCGGAAUAGCAGAAAAGGGAAGUCUGUCGCUUUUUGAUGAACAAUCAGUGUAUUCUACAUAUCUCUCAAGCCCUUCAUUCUCUGGAUCAAAGAUUAAUAUUUGAUCAUCCAAAUACAAUAUCAAGUGGAUUAUUGAUGGGAGCUUGUUCACAUGUAUGCAGUACUUAGAAUCUGUUGAAAUGCUUGUAGUUGACACUGGAAAUGGUUCUCUCUGGUUAUGUCCUGCUGUUUCAUCAAUAUUUCAUCUAAGUUUUAUUGUAUCUUGGAGGUCUCCUGAUGGAUAUGUUAAACGACUCGUAGUUUAAUUUCCAGCAAACGUAGCGUGCUAUUCCUAUCCUAUUUGACUCUUGGCUCAAGUAAUAACCCUCUCCCUGCUCUCUCUCACUCUUUGAGUUUCAAAUCUACAAAUUGAGCUUGUGUGAUUGUGAUUAACAAUGAGUGGUCAAAAUUUUGAAUUCGAUGGGUUUAAUGGCUCUCUUGGAAAUCUCAAACUAGAAGAAUCAUCUUCGUCUUCCGCCCAACAGGACGAUGCUGCUGCCGGCGGCUUGCAGGUCAAUUGCUUCACCGAAAUCGUCGAUGAUGUUACCCUUCAUUUACAGAUCAUCCGCCUUCACAAACAGAUCUAUGCAUGGAUUAGCUGUAACUCUGCUAAAUUUGGCCACUUGUACGCGGCUGCGCCGACGCGGCCUAGUAAUACGGCGAGUGUUGCUUGUUUACUCGGAGGAGCUUCUGAUAAUACGGGAUCUAGCAUUGCUCGACGAUUAGUGUUAAAGACUGGUCUUAAUAUAAUUCUGGCAUGUAAUAUUCCUAAGAACGCUCCCAUGCUUGAGGUUCUCUCUCUCUCUCUCUCUCGCUCUCUCUCUCUCAAAAGGCACAUACACAGCGCAUGUGAAAACAGCUCUGCGUAUGUAAGAGCUAUGAAGAAAUCAAGUUAAUCAACCCCUGGAUUUCAAAAAGAAACUAAUAGCUGUAUAUCUAUCAUUCAACGUAUCUUAAAUUCUGUUUGUUGAUUUUUCUUUUCCUCUUUCUUUGUGUUAUUAGGUAAAUGCUGAGAAAAAAUUAGUGGAGAAGCUAAUCUAUUUGGGCUAUACAAAACCAAAAUCGAAAGGAUUAUCUUCAUAGCAGAGAGCUGGAAGGAUCCUGCCAUGUGAUGAAACACAUAUCCCUACUUAGAGUGGUUAAGAUUGCACAGUAUGACAGCAUAGUCAAACAUAUAGAUCAAUUAAGGGAGAUUUGAUGGAUAAAGCUUGUUGCUGCUUCAGUGUUUUUGCUGCUGGCUUGAAUAGUUCUACAGUAGAUCAUAGGAUAAGAAAUACAAUUCUUCUAGGGUUGUGAAUUAAUUAGCACAGUUGGGUGAAGUUUAUGUUUGUCUGUGCUUUUCGAUUUUAGCCUUUUCAGCUUUCAUUAUGAGUUUUGCUGGUGCAAACUGUCCUGUACUUUGUUCUUUCUUGUAGAUGCAGUAUGAAUACUAUUGACUGGAGUAGUGCAGUUUGUUGUGGUUUC